AUGGCCGCGUCCGACAUCACAGACGCCGCUCCGCAGGUGCAGGUCGCCGACAAACACAAUGACAAGGUCAUUCGAGUCCAAAAUCAGGAUGAGCUGCGUUUGGCGCAGAUGGGCCACAAGCAAGAACUCGUGCGACACUUCUCCGUUUGGAGCUUGAUCGGCCUAGCGGCCAAUUGUACGAUCUCCUGGACAGGUCUUGGUCUUGGAUUGAUAACAGAAGUCAAUGCCGGCGGCCCUGGUGCGGUUAUCUACGGCUUCAUAUUGGUGUUUAUUCUCCAGUCAUUUCUUGGUGCGUCUCUGGCAGAGUUUGUGUCUGCAUAUCCGACCGAGGGGGGAAUGUACCAUUGGAUUGCGGCCAUCGCACCGAAACGAUACAACAGUAUUCUGAGUUUUGCGACUGGAUGGUCUACGGUUUUUGGGUGGAUCUUUACUACCGCAUCCACGAACCUGAUCUACGCCACUACGCUGAUGGCUCUGAUCGCCCUAUACCAUGAUGAUCUGGUGCUCAAGCCGUGGAUGACAUUUGUGGCCUACCAAAUCCUGAAUAUCUUCACUUCAGGAAUUGUCAUGUUUGGAAAUCGGUUGAUUCCGGCUAUCAACAAGUUUUCGUUGGUCUAUCUGCAGCUGGCAUGGUUUAUCACCAUGGUCACUGUGGCUGCAAUGGCCCCCGCUCAUAACGACAGCGAGUUUGUAUUUCGAACCUGGAUGAAUAAGACGGGAUGGGAGAAUAAUGCGAUCUGUUUCAUCACGGGCCUGGUGAAUCCACUUUAUUCGCUAGGUGGGUUGGAUGGGAUUUCACACAUCACUGAGGAGAUGCCCAAUCCCGGAAGAAAUGCGCCUUUAGGCCUUGCAAUCACCCUCUCGAUUGCAUUUGUAACCGGAAUAACCUAUCUGAUCAGUCUAAUGUUUUCCACUCAAAACUAUGGCAAACUCGCCACCACAAGCACCGGGCUACCGCUCGCCGAGCUUUUCUACCAAGCCACUUCAACUCGAGGGGGUGCAUUUGGAUUAGUCUUUAUGAUCUGGGUUGCUCUUGGUCCCUGCGUCAUUGGUUCACAGCUAAGUACCGGACGAGUAUUCUGGGCUUUUGCGCGAGAUGAUGGUCUUCCGCUGUCCAACGUUUGGAAGCGUGUUAACAAGCGGUUCGGCACUCCGUUUAACGCUCAGCUUUGCGUUGACGUGAUCGUCGCUCUUCUGGGAUGCAUCUACCUAGGAUCAAGCACCGCGUUCAAUGCAAUGAUGAGCUCUGCAGUAACAAUCAACAACAUCGCAUAUCUGGUCCCAAUUCUGACCAACGUCCUUUUGCUCCGGAAAACCAUGCAUCGGGGGCCCUUCUUCAUGGGCUUCAAGCCUGGAAUGCUCGUGAACACGAUUUCCGCCGCAUGGUUGGUUUUUGCUAUUGUUUUCUUCUCAUUCCCAUACUACAAGCCGGUCACAGCGUCAAAUAUGAACUAUACGUGCGCUGUCGUCGGUGGGUUUUUGCUCAUCGAACUGUCGUGGUGGCUUAUUGCUGGCAAGAAAUACUCGAAGACUGUACAACGAGCCCGAGAGGAAGAGCAGGACUCGUCGGUGAUUGUUGACGGGAAGGAUACGGCAUGA